GAAAUGGAGGAAGAGCUCAAGAACUUCAUCAAGGUAUGGAUCACAACCAUCUUAUGUCUAUGUUAUUGCCAUAACAUAGUCUCUAGAUUAAUCCCAAAGGGCCUGCUCACGCUCAUCUCCCUCCUCCCUGUUUUCUACCUCUUCAUCACCACCCCCUUAACUCUCCACUCCUUCCAUCUCUGCGGACCCACCACCUUCUUCCUAGUCUGGCUUGGAAUCUUCAAGCUCCUCCUCUUCUCCUUCAACCUCGGCCCUCUAUCACCACCCCCACCUUCUCUCUUCCAUUUCAUCUCCAUUGCUUGCCUCCCCAUCAAAAUCAAACAGAACCCAAAUCCCAAAGCCACCCAAAAACCCAGAAACCCUAUUGGUCUGCCAAACAAGUCAAUUGUGGUGGCUGUGAAAGCAUUGCUUUUGGGUUUGAUCAUUCAUAGCUACGAGUACAGACCACAUUUGCACCCGUAUGUGAUCUUAGCCUUGUACUGUUGCCACAUGUAUUUGGCUCUAGAUAUUCUCCUGGCCCUGAGCGCCACUCCGGCUCGAGCUCUGUUUGGGUUCGAGCUUGAGCCCCAGUCCGACGAGCCUUACCUCUCCACUUCGCUUCAAGACUUUUGGGGCCGUCGAUGGAAUCUAAUGGUCACAAAUAUCCUGCGCCCAAGUGUAUACGAUCCCAUCCGGCGCGUGUCUGCGCGUGUGGUUGGGCGGCGGUUGGCCAGGCUGCCGGCGGUGAUGGCCACGUUUGGGGUGUCCGGGUUAAUGCACGAGGUUAUUUACUAUUAUCUCACGCGCGUGCAGCCCACGUGGGAAGUGACAUGGUUUUUUGUGCUACAUGGGGCUUGUGUGGUGGUUGAGGUGGAGGUGAAGAAGGCGGUUAAGGGCAGGUGGAGGUUGCACCCGGUGGUUUCGAGGCCAUUGACUUUGGUGUUCUUGGCUGUGACCGGCAACUGGCUGUUCUUUCCUCAGUUGAUUAGGAAUGGUGUUGAUACAAAGGCUAUAGGGGAAUAUGCAAUUAUGGUGGAUUUUGUGAAGGCUAAUUUGCCUCAUUUACAUAGGUGAUUAAUACACUUUAACCCCGUUAUUGAUCUUCUUUUCUUGUUGUUGUUCAUGGAAAUGAAGUUGGAAAUUGAGGUUUUGUGUACUGAUGU